AUGGACGGCCCGAACGAAGUCAUGUUUCAAGGCUUCGAUUCCAACAUUCCUGUCGACUACAAGCAAUGGAACCACCUCACAGAAGAACUCGAAUGGCUUGGACAUCUCGGUGUGAAACACAUUUGGAUUCCGCCUGCCACCAAGGCCGCAUCGCUCACGAGCGAUGGCUAUGAUGCAUACGACCUAUUGGAGUUGCACAGGCUUACUGAAGAAGCAUCCAGACGUGGCAUCAAGAUCAUUUUCGACGCUGUCUUGGAUCACAAGGCUGGUGCGGAUACAACGGAGCCUGUUAAGGCCAUCAGGGCGAACCCCCAGGGCAAUCCCCGUCUUGACAUCGAUUGGCGCCCCCAAGAAAUCAGUGCAUGGACCGUUUUCAGUUUUCAUGGCCGCCGCUUCUGGCCUGGCAACAGUCUUCGCGUGAAAUUAUACCACAAUUCGAUGAAGUGGUCUAAAUCCUGCUUCACGGGUGUUGAUGUCAAUGCCGCGACAAACGAGAAAGGCAUUUGGCGAUUCAGCCAGAAGCGCUGGGCAGACGAUGUUGACCGUCGGACGGGCCAUGACGAUGAUCUGCAAGUACAUCCUUCCUGUUAA